AUGGCGGCUUCAACUUCUGCCAUAGUUGCGCCUUAUUUGAGGUAUUAUAGUAUCAAAAAAAGUGUCACUAACCACAAAAAUAACCACGGCGUGCGUAAACGCAAACAACAAGGCCAGUGGGCUCAGAAAGUGAUUAUGGCUGACAAUAUGGAGGAGCCUGAUAUCAGUGAUAUGCAAAUGAACAACGAAAUGGACGUAGAUGAAGUGCCAUUAAGAAGACGAUACAAAGAGAAAUCGAAGGCUAAGGAUCCAAGAUAUAGACGAAGGUUUGACCUUCGUAACGCAAAAAGCCUCCAGACAAAGAUUCAAGAUUGGUAUGAAUUGACCAAGUGUCCAACAGUGGCAUUAACAUGGUUAAAUGGGGAGAUAUAUUAUUCAGGGCCUCGUGAGUUAAGGGAAUUUGCUGAAAACCCUGCUGUGAAACAGGCAUUUGUUGCAGCCAUAUUUGCUUCCCACUCAGUUGGACCAAACAGUUCUUCAACAGAAAAUUAUGAACAUAUGAAUGUGAAAGUCAAGAUACCAAAAGACUGGAAACAAUUGAAUGCUCAUGGAAAAAGAAAGCUAGUAAUUUCCCUAGUUACCAAUAAUGGAACCAAACAACCACAUUGGGGUGAUGAGGAUCACAAACCAGAAUGGUGGCCAUCAAGUUUAUUGUUUCGUGAUCCAAGCAAUGGCAGAAACAGGCCUACCGUGGAUAUGUUGGAGAGGAUCAUUGCUGCACAUAUUGGCAAGCACAAUGCAUUUGUUGAUGAUGAUAGUGAUGAUGGUGAUGACAAUGAUGGUGAUGAUGUUGAUGGGUAUAAUUUAGGUGGUGAUGUAAAUAUAGAUGGUGGUGAAGAUCUGAGUGAUGAUGCUAGAGAUUUGGGUAGAGAUGAUGCAAACUGGGGACAUGGUGGUGAAAAUGAAGAUGGUGAUGAUGAUGGUGUAAAUAUGGAUAGGAAUGGUAAAAAUUUAGCAGGUGAUGCUAGAAAUUUGGGUAGGGAUGAGAGUGAUGAUGCUGGUAAUAAGGUUGGUGAUGAACAGGAUUUGAGUCAUGAUGAAGAGGGUAGUUCUGAUGCGGAAAUUGUUGCUAUUGUCCCACAACCUGUUUCCCAUAAUUCCACUCGGCUACGAAAAAGCCAGGACUACAGACAAAGUAUGAGUGAUCAUGGUGCAGAAAGAGCAUUUGCUGCAUUAGUUGAAAAUUUGUCACCAAACUCGGCGAACUUGGAGAGAGUAAUGCAUUUCAUUGGAGAUGUGUGUGCAGAUCAGGACUGGGCGUUACUCAAGAACCUUAGCGAGACAAUGGAGGAACUGGUUCAAUUUUCUCCGCUACGUACAAAGUCGAAGCCAUCUGUUUGUCAUGUGACUAUUCCAGAUAUUGAGAUCAGUGUUAGAUGCCAAGUUCCGGAUGAUAUGCUCCGCUCAGGUUGGGAACCAUUAGGGGUUUGUGGAGAUGGGAAUUGUCUGUUUCGGUCAGUGUCAGUAUCUAUAAGUGAUAACCAGUCUGAGUCUCUACAUCAAUGGUUAAAACUCUGGUGUAUCGUCCAUGGCUGUGUAAAUGAGCACUUUUACAUCAAGCAGUUUCUUGCCGAUGCAGAUCGCGUUGAUGGCUUUCUGUCAUUAAUAACAGAUGAUGAUGUAUAUGGCGGUUUGAAAGAUAACAUGACUAUGAAUGAUAGAGUUAGUUAUGUUUAUAUGCGUGAGAUAAUGAAAACCUCUGUGGAUGGUCGUUACUCUGGAUAUCUCCAAAUUGUGCUUUUGGCUGGCUUACUUAAAACCACCAUUUGCCAGCAUUGCUCUGCGCCAGGAUAUGAACUCUAUAACACAGAGAUAUGUCCUCCAAAUGGGUCGACCGAAUCAAUUCAUCUGCUCUGGUGCCAGCUAUCUGGUGGAACGAUUAAUCACAUUGUUCCGAUGUUGAGAUGUGAAACUGACGAACAUAUAAAUACCUUUUCCGAGAAUUUUAAAACAGCUUGUGCAGCGACAAUGAAAUGCCAAUUCGCACAUAACCUAGACAGUGCUGCUGACGAGAGAUGGAUUUUGUGUGAACAGUGCUUGUUCUGGUAUCAUGAAAGCUGUGUAUACCAUAUUACAAAGAGGAGUUUGCCAGCACAUUGGUUCUGCGGUUGUAUGAAACAACCAGAAUGUAUUUGGGCUAACGAUUUUGAUGAACCAACGAAGCUUCGACGAUUCUUUGUUCGUUCCUCUAAUUCCGAAUUGAAGUUGUUCUUGCGUAGUCUGGCGAAAAAAGAGGUGAAGAGUAGGAGAGUGACAUUAUUUAUUCAAAGUUUGGCUGGUAAUACGAAUGCUGAUAAUCUUUUGAAACAAAAUACUGGUUUGGGAAUAUUUAGAGAUGUAAAUACCAAAGAUUAUGUAAAGAGAUUUGUUAAAACAAGUAUCGAAAAUGAUGACAAUAUGCUUCUGGAGGAAAUUAUUCUCCUGGAACAGCGCGAGCAGUAUAUUUUUGAAGUGUGUGUACCAGAGGUUGUUAUUUGGAUCAUGGCUAAAGCCGGAAAUAUAAGCAGAGCAUUGGCGGAAAGGUUUUUUUUUGAAUACUUCUCACACAAUAAAAUUGAUUGA